GAGUAAACCUCUCUGUGCGAUCAUCGUGAUUUAUUUGUGUAUUGGAAUGGUUCAGAAAAUCUGAACAUCAGUUAUAUACGUGUACAAAUAAGCAGUAAAUGCCGUAUAUAAUGGCGCUGCAAUGAGAAAAUAGGAUAUGGAAUUAAGGCCUUUGUAAACAAGAAUUAAGCCAAUUUAUUAAUAAAUAUUAAACGAACUAUAUAACAUAAUCUCUGUCACUGUAAAAACGGAAAAAUGGCUGCUACGUGGUCCAAAGAUGACAUUGGACGAAAAUGGGAUCGCUGCUUUGCAGACACCCUACUGAAAUUAAGUUGUGGAAUAACCAUUGGUGGAAUAGUUUCUCUAUUUUUUUUCAGGAGAAGAAUGUGGCCAGUAAUAAUUGGUGCUGGGUUUGGAUUAGGUACGGCAUAUUCUGAAUGUGAACGGGAAAUUAAUACAUUUUCAAAUCAAUAUGAACUUGAAAGUAAAUGUGAAGGAAAGAAAAAGUAGUACAUAGAAAAUGUUUUAGUGAACUAAAACAUUCAUUUCAUUGCUUAUAUGCCCUAGUACAUUUGUAAAGUAGCUACAUCUAUAAUUCAUUUAAAUCUAACAUUGUAUAGAAUAAAAUUCAAUUGUACUUUA